UUCCAUGUUGUCUCUAACAAUCCUUGUUCAACAAGACAAUGGUCAUUUUCAUUCCCCUCCUUCACUCACACACAAACACAUAUAUAUACUCACAAGCCCCAAAAGUCAAGUAAUCUCAAUUACUUAGAAAACUAGCUAGCAAUAGUAGUAAUAUAUCUCUCUAGCUUUAAAAUUUUCCAAUAUAUGUGUUCUUAGUGAACUAUAGCCUAUACUUAGCUAGCUUUUUAUGCUUCAUGGAACUUCAGUUAGGCCUAGCUCUACCAAUUCAUAGUUCCAUUGAUGGAUUUAAUCAUAGUGGGAGUGGCUGUUCUGAAAACAAAAAGUAUGUCAAAAACAAGCGUAGCUAUGAAGAGUCUUUUGGACAUUUUUUGAAACCUUUGCCAUUAUUAGUAUGGAGUGGACAGCCAAAUGAAGAAGAUGAUCGCAAUAAAAAGAUGAACACAAAUAUUCACACAUCAAAUAAUGAAGGAGAAAAUCAUUUGGUGGGGUGGCCACCGAUUAAAUCGUGGAGGAAGAAAGAGCUUCAUGAUCAGCAGCAUCAUGGCCAUAUAAGGAUUGAUCAUAGGAUGCAAGGUAAUGAAAAUCAAGAUAGACGAUUAAGACCUUUAUAUGUUAAGGUUAACAUGGAAGGGGUUGCCAUAGGUAGACAAGUCAAUUUAAGGCUUUACAACUCUUAUCAUACUCUCAAAGACUCAUUGAUUAACAUGUUUGUUAAAUACCAAAAUUUUGAAGAAGAUGGAGUAAACUACACACUCAUAUUUCAGAAUAAACAAGGGGAUUGGUUGCUUACCGAACACAUACCAUGGCAAUCCUUUAUUGGCACGGUGCGGCGUUUGGCUAUAUUGGGGAAUGAAAAAAUGAAAAUAUUUGACAAAUAUUAGCAAUUUGUGCUUCAAUGUUGUUUUUGUUUUCUUUUUACGAGUUGCUUUAAUGUUGUUUGUGCUUAAUUGAGUAAAGUAUUGUAUGCUUGAAUAUGUCGAGAGAGCAAAAGCAAAGCAUGAGUAAUAGAUAAAAAUGUAAAAUUACAAUCAUUCAAUAAAUUUAAAUAGUGAAAAGUUGUUUUGUAUUA